AUGAAGUUCUUACAAUGGGUGCACCACAAAUUUCGGCACGGUAGCAUUGAGCCUCUCAAGGAUCUCAGUAUUGGGGAUCCUGGUAUUUUCCUUUCAGCUCAGCCAUCAGUUGAUGAUCAACAUUCCUAUAUGAAGUCAAGCUUUGGCUCCAGCUAUGGAUCUACAUCCUUGGAGCCACCUAAAAGGGACCAAGAAAAAUCUUUUUCUGAAUCUGAAGCCAAUAGAGAAGAAGAAACAUCUGCUAUUAUCUCAGAGCUAUUUCAUGGCUUUCUCACCAUUGGAACACUUGGCUCUGAACCAAGUAUCAAUGAGCCGGAAACACCAACUUUUGCAACAACUUUAGAGAACUUAAGUGAGCAAAAAACAGAAGUGACACAGAAUGACUUGAAGCUCAUCAGCUAUGAGCUAGAAAAGUUCCUUGAGGUGGAGACAAAGGAAGAAGGGGUUCUUGCAUCAUCAGCAAGGAACAGUCAUGCUAGCACCAUUACACUCAAUGGCAAGCAAAUGGAGGAAUCUGAAGAUGAAGAGUACUGGACGACAACUGUGGUAUGUCCGCUCAAAGAAUAUCUCUUUGGGUCCUCAAUUGAACUAACAGACACAAGAAUAGAAGCAAAGAAAGAAAAGACAUCACUGCAAGAGCUGUUUGAUAGGACAAAGAUGACAACUGAAAAUUGUAAGCAGACAAGUGAGAGUGUGGAUAUAAAAUCCGAGCAUAAGCAUACAUCUGCCAUGCAGUUCAUGAAGAAGAUCAUAAAAAAACUCCACGCUUCUUCGAAAAGCUCGGCCCCUUGUACUGGUGGUGAUGUAACUGAUCCUGUUUCCACCAGGAAGAAAUUUGGUGAGGCAUCUGAUUCUGUUUCAACCAAGAAGAAACCCCAUAAGGUUGGGUUCCUACAACUAGAUAUUCCCAGACCCACAGCUAAACAGCACAUCUUACGUAUGUUCCACAGAAGGAUCCAUCCUGAAAGCUCUACAGCUGCAAGAGAAUUUGUUGACGCCGAGAAAUACAAGGACAAGAACAAUUCCAGUGCCCAUGGUGAUUGUCGUGAAAAUAUGAUGCUCAUGGGCAGAGACAACAGAAGGUUCCCUCAAGGGGCAAUGAUAAAGGAGGGGACUGAACAUUGUAAGAAAUACAUGAACUUGCCCCAAUACAGGCUGAGUGGCAGCAAUUUUAGAAGAAAGGGAGAGCACUGGAUUAAAACAGAUGCAGACUACUUGGUGUUGGAGCUGUAG